GUAGGCAGAUGUGUCAAAGCGAUAGUCCCGUGUUCCAUUUCUUUGUCCUUACAGUAGUUAUUUAUCGGGCGACACAGGAGCACUAUGUCCAGUUCUAAAGAUCCUGUUCUAGCUUAGAACUUGAUUCCAUAACUAAGCCAGCGAACUCACGAGAAGUAACAGUAAAGUUUCCAGAUAAACAAACUGUAGAUCACACUGGUCCUCCACAUUUGGACUCUUUAUGUGAUCUCCGAAGAUGUAGCAUAUGUCAACGGCACGGAUUCUAGCUAAUAAAGCCUAUUGUGUGGUUUACAAUAAACACAUCAACAUGUAGGUUUGGAAGCGGUUUCAAGAAACAACAUUCCCUGCAUUUAUAUCGUUUGCAUUGUUGGCACAUCCAGAAGAACACGGAACUAUCGGACAACAGAGACAGGUUGAAUGGAUUUGAUCGUCAAAAAGAUUAUCAUGAGUGUUGCAGGAUUGUAGCUAUUACUUCCCGGUUGCCGAGACAGAAGUUUCCUUUUCAGUUAGUUGUCUGUAAAUGAAACUGAAUUAGUAAUGAUUUUACCAACUUUGAAUCGUGAACACAAGGCUUUUUAUAAGUAGUCUCCUAUAAGUUAGCUCCGUACUUUUAAAACGUUACUGCCAAGGGCGGAAGUCUGUGCGACUAGAUGAGGUGUGCAUUUUUGCAGUUAAUCUUGCCAACCUCUUCAUUCCCUUUGUUAGAGGGUUGCAUCAUUCCAUAUGCUAGUUUUUUGAGAGGAAAACAUUUUAUUCAUACUUAACUAUAGUCAGCAGUAUAACUUCGCCUUCAGAUCUUAAGUUGUUUUGUUUAGUGUUAUUCCUCCGCGAUUGACCAUCCUGUUUCAGGGGAUAGAGUUCGGUUAGGGUGUUGUUUUUUAUAACUCUGACCACCUUAUCUAGAUAACAGUUACUGUCUGAUGUUGCUGAUCUAACCAAUAUAAUUAAAGAACUUGCCCAUUAACUCUCAGUUUUUUUCUAUGUUUAUAGCACUAUACAAACCAUGUUUGAAGGAUCAGAGCCUGGUUGUGGAGCAGGAAAGGGAGGUGGUGCCGGUGGUUCUAUUCGUGAAGCUGGUGGUUCAUUAGGCAAAAGGGAAGCCACUUUAGAAGAUGAAUACUUCCGACGUUUGGAUAAACAGAACAUCGAAGCACUCAAGGAUAAACUGAAUAAGAAAUCUGUUGUGGAGAAUCAAUCUUCGAAGAAAUCUAACAUUUAAACGAUGGAUGGUAAUCAUCAUCUAUUUUACUGUUUUUAAUGCUUUUAAUAAUGUAUUGUACGCAUAAUUUCAUUAUGUAGUGGCUAUUCUAUUUUCAAAACAGCCAAUAUAUCCUCUUUUUGCUUGUGAAAA